UAUACAAAUUUCGAAUAAUGUUUAGAGAAAGUUAAAAUUAAAUUAAUUGAAUAGAAAAUAAAUAAGAAAUAUAUCAGUCGUAUACGUUACAGUGCAGAAAGUAUCAUUUAUUCGCAAGAAUCAGUUAAGAAUAUUUCAUUCGCUAAAAUAUAAAUAAUCAUAGUAUAUCGAUAAUUAAAAUAACAAAUCGAAAAUGUAUUUAGAAACAGUAGAAAUAAAAAAAAGACAAAACAUGUUAUUAUGUAACUGUGUACACACGUUAUGACGAUGACGACAAAUAUUUAACUGUAUCUUUAUUUCUUGUUUAAUUCUUAUUAUCGGCGCAGAUAAAAAAUAUCGUGCACGUUUGGGAAGUAGGACAUUUAACUUCUUCAUUAGUAUCAGCCGCAAUGACAGGUUCGUCUUUGACUCAUUCUCCUCAUCAUGUCACGGUAUUGAUUAUGUUGGAUUUAUCGCAACCGGAGAUUUUAUGGACCACUUUCGAAGAAGCUUUCUCGGUAGUUCGAAAUGCAAUGAAAAUGAGUUAUGACGAUAAAAUAAUUCAGGAACUCAAACAACAGCGUAUUAAAGAACGAAAAAAAGCAGUGGAAAGAGAAGUCGAUCCAUUUCCGAUGAAACUUUGCCUUAUUGGUGGAAAAUAUGAUCAAUUUAAGGAUUUAAGUUUGGAUAAAAUAGAAUUAGUUGGGAAAAUAUUAAGAGCUACAGCUCACGUUUUAGGCGCAGGACUCUAUUAUCAUUCUGCAAAAGAUAAAUCUUUAUUACGAAGAACUAAAGACUUGUUAUCUCACUAUGGAUUUGGUAUUCAAUUUUCCGAUACCAAGUGCACAGAUUUUGAGAAGCCAUUAGCGAUAUCUGCCGGUGCAGACUCCCUCUCGUCGAUCGAUUUGCAAUUUCCUCAAACCAGACCUUCGGCUAUCUUAGAUACCAUCAAACAGAUUUACGUUACUCGUAUACCGCAAGAGUCAAGAAGCAACGAAAUUAUUCUGGAGGAUCCAAGUAACGACCCCAACUUUAAUGAACCGAUCAUCGACAGAUUACGAGCUCAGAGAGAAGAGGAAAUCAAUAUUCUACUUCACGAUAUGUUGGAAGGACGAAUACCUCAAAUUCCUAUUCCGGAUCCAUCAUAGAAUUAGAUAGAUGUGUGUCGUCAUAUGGAUUUAUCACAAGUACAUGUAAAAAAGGGGAAGAAAUCUUUCGAGCGAAAGAAAUCCCCCUAACGCAUGUUUGUCACGUACUUGAUCUUAUUGAGAUUGAAAGAAAUCU